CGGGGAGCGCCGAGGAAGGGCCAAAUGGGGAGGGGACCCUUCUUCGCUGGCGGGGCUCCGGAGGGGCGAGAGAGAGAGAGAGAGAGAGAAGCCUUGCCUGCCCUCCUGCAGCCCCUCGCCUCGCCCCUUCUCCGGCCAAGAGGGCUCCUCGAAAGGGGUGGCAAUGUGGGGCGAGGGGCGGCGGCGGCCAGGAGGCCCUCGAGGCCCCCGAGCCAAGUCCGCUCCUUCUGGCCAAAGGACACUGGCUCAGGGUUCAGUCAUAGGCUGACUCCGGACUCACUCCCGGCCAGCCUUCGUCCGCAGCCCGGAUCCUUUGCCUUGCUGGCCCCUGGAAGCCCACCGUCCUCUUGUUGGGGCUGAGGGGGGGGGGCAGGUACGUUGACUUGUUUCAAAUGGCUUUAACCUCUUUUAACCCGUCAAGUUGUUUAACAGGUUGUCUGUCCAAAUGAAAGUCCGCUUAAACUAAUGUGACUGUUUAUUAUUAUGGGUUAUUUACUUCUUGUAUCUAAUAUGCAGCCUUUCUCCCAAACCGGACCCAAGGCGUCCCCCAAAAGAUACCGUUAAAGAAGACUAGCCCGCUGCUUCUAAAUUGGGGCUGACCCCCUCCAGCCGCUCAGUCCAGCCCCGACGCCCCCGGCCUCCGCCGCCUGGCAGCCGGAGCCAGGAGCCCUCUUCUGGGCUGACCAUGUGGCUGGCCACGCUCCUGGCCCUGGCCCUCUUCCCUGCUGGGGACGCCGCCUCCGCCGCCUGGGGCUCCUUCCCCGCCGAGCUGUCCGUGGGAGAGCUGGACCGGGAGGCGACGCUGCAGUGUCCGGAGGCUUCGGCCGGGCAGGCGGUCUGCUGGAGGAAGGGAGGCGGCAAGGCGGUGUGCCCCCGGCCCCCUCGAGGCCCGACCCUCCGCCUCCCGCCGCUGGACCUCUCCUCGGCCGGCAACUACAGCUGCUGGGCCGGAGGGACCUUGCUGGGCUGGACCUUCCUGGCCGUGCGGGGCCUGGGCCUCCCCCGCCUCCUGGACGAAGCAGCCGGAGUGACCUGCGAGGCCGAGUCCUACAACAGCACCGUCCUCCGCUGCGCUUGGCUCGCUCUCCGCCCGGCCGCCUUCCGCCUCCGCCUCCGACGGAGGGGUCCUGGGGGCGCCGGGGCGGGCUGCUCAUCCGUGGAGAAAGUGGUGGGCGGCCGGGGCCCGACGUGGGUCGAACUGGACGCCUCCGCCUGCGGCCCCGAGUGUCCCUCGGCCGAAGAGGUGCCGGAGACGGGGCUGGAGCUGGAGCUGGAGGGACUGGGCGCCGGGGGGCGCUUCCAGCGGAUGCGGAGGAGGCUCUUCUGGCGGGACCUGGUGAGGCCCGCGGCCCCCGAAGGCCUGGCCGCCCGCCAGGAGGAGAGCACCGGGCAGCUGCGGCUGAGCUGGGCCCCGCCGCCUUCCUGGGUCCGGCCCAGCUCCUUCUUCCCCCUCCGCUUCCACCUCCGCCUCGAGUUCUUCGGCAACCUGGACCGGGAGGGCCUCCUCCUCCUCUCGGACCUCUACAGCGACCGUCUGGAGGAGACCGCCCAGCCCCCCCGGCCCCACCAGCUCCUGAACCGGGUGAAGAUCCGCUGCCGGGACCCCAUCGCCCCCUCCCCCUGGAGCCCCUGGUCCGCAUGGGCCUUUCCCCAAUAGCCCUCCCUCCGCGGGUCUUUCUUCUGGAGGUCAGCGGAGAAGGUUCAAG